GGUGAAGACGUGCGUGAUUCGGAGGGGGUAAGGGGGUUGUGUAUGUUCUACUCGCAAAAUCAGUAGCAAGAUCGUACAGCAAAGAGUGGAACUGUCCGUUUCAGGACCACGCAGUCUUGCAAACACCGAGACAGACGGACAGACAGAGAGACAGACGCCCAGUCACACGUGGCCGUAAAGGCUGGCAUGCAGGGCCACUGAGAGAAACACACACGGCCAGGCAGGCGCGCUCAGCGCGCUCCCCUCGCCCGCAUGCGGUCUGCAGUGAGCGCGGCGUUAUGCGGUAGGCGGGCGGCACAUGCUGUCGGAGGCGCCGGCGGACGCUGCGUCCCGCUCACACACCGCUCCGUCUCGGAGCUGUUAAAGAUACACAGGCCUCAUUUCUCCUGAACAUGGAUGAAGACGCCUCUUCAACUGUUGGAGAAGAGAGUAAAGAGCAAUAAAAAUCACUGAGUGAUUGGCCAGAUAAUAAAAUGAUUGCCAGAAAAAAUAAUAACUGAAGAAGAAAGAGGGUAACCAUCUCUGUAGCGUUUCAGGGUCAUGUCUUAUGGAUGUGAGGGCACUUAACGGCGAGGCACGAAGGCCCUCUCGUAAUGCCAGUGCAGUCGGCUCAGCCUCAGUGCAGGGAAUGGAGGUCCUGGCUCUAAAUUCAGGUGCCCUUGAAAGACAAAGAACUAAACACAUGGUCAAUGGUGUCAAUGGACAGGACUUUAGUCCUACUGGGUCUCGUUCCAAGCCCCGUGGAAUCAAGUUCCAACCCCACCCUGUAGACGGCUCUGGCACUCACAAGCAAAAGUUGCCAAAUGGCGGGGAUGGCUGCUUUGUGUCCACGGCGCUCCAGAACGGCACAGACAGAAAGUUCAAAGACCCAGGCACACCUUCUGGUGAGGUUCGAUUGCCAAAUGUGGUGUCAGGCAAAGAAGGCAUGCGAUCUGUUGUCACCUUCAGUUACAUCAAGAAGGCCAGCAUUAAGACUAUCGGAAGCCCCCAGGGACCAUUGCGCCACAACUCCGGGAAAACCAACGGAAUGGACACAAUGUGCAGGCCCAAGGAGGAGAGGUUAACACCUCGCAAGAGGCUGAGCAACCCCUGGUUCAAUGGUCCGGACUCUUCAUGUGGCUCCAGCCCAAAGCUGUCCUAUAUGGCCUCGAGGGGGCGGCAGGAGAACCCCCCGGACAUCCGCUGCACCCCCCUCGAGGCCAUAGGUCGAGCUGCCACACAGAGAGCCCUGAAGGAGUUUGGGUCCCCUCAGCUGAGGCUCAAGGUCGCCAGAGGGCUCUGUGGCCGUAACUCUAUGCACCAACAUCACCCACGCUGUCUGUCCUGGUCAGGCUCCCCUGGCCUGGUGCGACGUACUGACUCACUGCCAGUUGGCCCCCAUGCCAAAAGAGACCUGCCAAAGGCAGCAUCCAGCUUACCCAGAAGUCCGGCUACCAACCACCUCCCUGGCCGAUCCAAUCCAACUGUGGCAGUCGCUUCCAGAGUCAAGUACCAGGUGUCUACAGAAGCUCAAAAGCAGACACUAUCCAAGAGUGCUGUGCCCCAUUCAAACACACCAGCUUCCAUUUCUCAUGAUGCAUCUGCUCUGAAUGGUACAUGCAUUCCAAGUCCUGUACCAGGGUCUGGCUGCAGUGCUUACCUGAGCUGCAAAGCUCACCUCCAUGUGGGUGAGAAAUCAGAGGGUGGGAUGAACCAGCUGAGCGGUACGAAAGUCGCCAAUCCAACUAAUACUCCAAAUUUGGCUCACAAGAUAGCUAUGGAAGCCACAAAGCUAUCUGCCAAAUUCACAGAGGUCAGGAGGUCUUCCUUACCCAAUGCUCUAGCAGACGCUCUUCCAUCGGGGAAUACACAACUGACAGGGAGCCAGACGCAGAACUCGAACCAGAACCUAAAACCUGAACAAGACAGAGGACCACACCAGGCUCCGAUGAAUAUCCCGGUUCAUGGCCACCAGCUUCCUGAAAGUGACAACAUGGCAGACGGUAUUCCCCCGCUGGGUCCUCCAUCGUUUUUAUAUAUGUGUGAUGAAAACUCUUCAGUCGUGCAGCGAGAGGAGAAAGAUCGCAACACUGACGUGCAGUACUGCCAAAAACCUGCCCUGCAUGGGGGAGACCCCGGAGAGUCCCCUGCCAUGCCGUCCCGGCUGCAUCGCUUCCGACCACGUUGUGCGGAGGUCAGCUCUCCCGUGAGGGAUCCAAGGCUGCGAUGCGUUGAAGCCCGGCUGACAGACAGCCCCACUCCCCAUCGUCACCGGCUGCCACAGUACACCAGGGGGGGUUGGUCACCUGCCACGGACAGACGGCAGGAGGGUAGGAACGACAAAGGAUCGAGGAAUAGCCUGGAGACGGCCCGAUGCAUCUUCCUGGGCCAGGGUGCCGAGCAGCCUGGAGCAAGCCAGACAUCCAGAGAACAAGAGGCGGAGGAGAUGAAGGCGGAGGAUGGCAAUCCAUGUUCAGGACCCCAGGUUCGGCAGAAUGCGCUCAGUGCCUCGCCCCUCUUGCUGCAGAAACAGGCAGAGUUUAAGAAGAGAGAGGCUCUGCUUUUGGGCCCCAUCCUGCUGGAGUGCACCCAGGCUGGGCUUCCAGUUACCUCACACCUACCUGAUGCCCAUGAGGUGGAGGGGCUCCCGGAGGGUGAAGGAAAUGGUGUGCAGGCAUCCUCGCGAAGCUCCAGCGGAGUGACAGGCAGUCUGCUGGACGGGGACAGCUUCUCCAGUCAAUCCAGCCCAAGGGACAGCGAGACGGGGAAUGGAUCCUCAGCAAUACAGACUGACAGCGGCUCAUCUGUGAUGGGACCUUCCCUUCACUCCCAGAAGAUCGCACGUGCUAAGUGGGAGUUCCUGUUCGGGACGUCGUCUGGCGAGGGUGCAGAGGCCGGACGUAAAGAUCUCCCAGAUGCUGCCACUGCCCCCCCUAGUGGUACCAGCAGUGAGUCACCGACUCCCACCCCCCCCAACUUACUGCCCUUGGCCUCACUGGCCAGCCACGACGUGCAGCACGUCUAUGUGGAGCUGGUGACCCCUCCUCCGGCAGAAGCGGGGGCAUCACCCAAAACGGGUAUCAUCCGGCGGACCGUGAAGUACUCGGAGACAGACUUGGACGCGGUUCCGCUGCGCUGCUACCGCGAGACGGACAUCGAUGAGAUGCUGGCUGAGCAGGACGAGGCCGACUCUGCAUUCGGCAGCAACCGUAGUGUGAUGGGCACCUCCGGUGCUGGCAGCAGCCCCCUCUGGGGGGCGCUCUAUGGGCACGUGGGUGAGGGGGCGGAGGAGGAGGAGGUUGCAGACUGGGUCAGCGUGAGGAUGCAGGGCGACAGGAAGAAGCAGCUGGCCUGUCAAGCAGAGGAUGACUUCUUCAGCAACAUCUUCAUGAGACGGCCGCAGGAAGAGCCCCUCGAUGGCCCCCCUGCCCUCAAGUCCCCACUGCAGGUGUUGACCCCCCUGCGUGCCUCAGAGGAGGUGGGGUUCGACACCUUCAGUCACCACUUCGAGAGCAUCGUGGAGUCGUACCGCGCCAAGGGCACGUCCUACAAUAGCCUGGAUGGCGCCAGCCAGUGUAGCUCCUGUGAGCCCACGGGCCUGACGUUCGACCCGCCCACUCUCAUGCCCGACCUGCCGGGCCGAUGCUUCCAGAGCGCCCAGCAGAUCGUCCAGCUGGCCUUCGCUCCCCUGGCGCACGGCGAGCUCGGGGCCAGCCAUUCGGAGUCCUCGGAUGCCACACGGGCACCGUCUAGUGAGCGACUGAGCAGCGAGGAUGCCCCGUCGCUAGGCAGCCUGGGCCCCACCGAGAGCUGGGCUGCCAAUGGCCUCGUGUACAGGGAGAAGACCGUUCGCCUAGCUGGGGACUCGGACAUGGAUCUGGACCUGAGCGAGAGGCUGGGCCUGGGCAGCACCGAUACCCUCACCAAUGGGAACCGGGCUGACUCGGAGGCCGCCAGAAGGCUGGCUAAACGGCUCUUCCAACUGGAUGGCUUCCGGAAGUCUGACGUGGCCCUGCACCUGAGCAAGAACAACGACUUCAGCCGUGUGGUUGCAGAGGAAUACUUGGGUUUCUUUGACUUUGCAGGUCUGACUUUGGAACAGGCUCUCCGGAUUUUCCUGAGGGAAUUUGCCCUCAAGGGAGAAACGCAGGAGAGGGAGCGAGUGCUGUCCCAUUUCUCCAGUAGGUUCCUGCAAUGUAAUCCAGACAGCGUAACUUGUGAAGACAGCAUCCACGCCUUAACCUGUGCCCUGAUGCUGCUCAACAGUGACCUGCAUGGCCAGAAUGUUGGCCGGAGGAUGUCAUGCAUGCAGUUUGUCAGCAACCUGGAGGGCAUGAACAAUGGGCAGGACUUCCCCAAGGACCUGCUCAAGGCGCUGUACAACUCCAUCAAGAACGAGAAGCUGCAGUGGACCAUCGACGAGGAGGAGCUACGCAAGUCCUUCUCCGAGCUGGGCGACUCCACGUCCCGUGGGGCCAAGCGCAUUGGCGGCGGCGGCGGACACUCCCUAAUGGGCGUGACCCCCCAGCCAGGCGCGCCUGUCUACAAAACUGGCUUCUUGGUGCGCAAGGUGCACGCGGACUCCGACGGCAAGAGAACUCCACGCGGGAAGCGAGGCUGGAAGACCUUCUAUGCCGUGCUGAAGGGCCUGAUCCUCUACAUGCAGAAGGGGGAGCUCCGGCCAGAGAAGCAGCUGUCUGACGAGGACCUGAAGAACGCCGUGUCCAUCCACCACUCGCUUGCUAUGCGAGCGGCCGACUACAGCAAGCGGCCCAACGUGUUCUACCUACGCACGGCCGACUGGAGGCUCUACCUCUUCCAGGCCCCGAACGCCGAGCAGAUGCAGUCCUGGAUCACACGCAUCAACACAGUGGCGGCCAUGUUCUCCGCCCCGCCCUUCCCAGCAGCCAUUGGCUCUCAGAAGAAGUUCAGCCGGCCUCUGCUGCCCGGGUCCACCUCCAAGCUGUCGCAGGAGGAGCAGGUGCAGUCCCACGAGGCGCGGCUUCGCACCGUGUCCUCGGAGCUGGCCGAGCUGCGCUCGUACCCGCCGGACCGCAAGGUCAAAGGGCGUGAGCUGGAGGAGUAUCACCAGCGGGACGAGUACCUCGACUUCGAGAAGACACGCUACAGCACGUACUCCACGCUGCUCCAUGCCAAGAUCCGCUGCGGCGAGGAGGACCUGUCCGUGUUCGAGUGCCAGGUGCUGGAGGAGGGCAGCCUGCAGCAAGCCCGGUCCAGCCCCACGUUGCAGCAGGAGGGCAGCCUGGCCGACAGCGUCAAGCCCGCAAAGCGCGCCGAUGGGCCCAGGCACAGCUGCCGGCAGGCAGUCAAGAAGUGAGGGGUGCCGGAGGAAGGGGGGGCGGCGCGGCCUGGGAGAGCCCCGCGUCUGGAGGGGGGGCCGUCUCGCCCCGUCCGAGCAUAUUUUUUGAGGUCCCAGAGGGUCGGUGGGACUGUGGAGGGCCCGGGGGAGGCCGGGGAGCCCGCAUGCUCAGGGCGCCUCCUGUCUGUCCAUUGUUCGUGGCCCACAGGUGAAGCUAAAGCCAUGUGACUGACGUGGCGGGAGAGGAGCAGGAGGGAGGGAAGAAGCCAGCGGGGAGCCCAGAGGACUGGGGAGGGGUGCGUGUGAGGGAGCGCAUGACCGCCCCCUGCUAUUGCCCACAGAGAAGAGCAUCUACGCACAGAGAUGUCGGAGUUUUUGUACCUGAACGCAUUUCGCUGUUGACAGCUGCCAUAAUUUUGUCCCUAAUUUCAGCCAGACCCUGUACCAGUUGGUACAGAUUCAUGUCACCUGGAGGACCAAAACAUUUUUAAAAGGCUCAUAAUCUCAGUUCAUUUUAAUUUAGCUACAGAGUUAAAUGAUAAAUGUAUUAUUAUUAUUAUUAUAAUUAUAAUUAUUUUGCAGCUGCUUAGAAAUUUUAGAUAGCUUUUAUUUUUGUUUCUGAUGUCCGUAGCUGUUGCAUUCUGGGUAUUUGUGACCUGUCAUGUCCCCUUUCCCUGUAGAAGACGCUGGCUAAUGCACGUUCAUUACAGCAGUAAGGCCAAGUACAGAGUCCUCCAUGCUGAGCUGCUGACCCCCCCCCCCACAAAGGGGCAGGAUGGGUAGGAGAGGGGGCCAUCCUGGGACGAUCGCACAGAACCUUGCGCAGGGCUCUGCGUUACCUUGUGUGUGGCCCUCCUCUCUGUUGGGUCACUAGAGGAAAUGACAUCAUAAUGGGGACGCAGACCCGUUUCCAUGGAAACUCCCAUAUCCGGAGAGAUGCGUCCCCCCCAGAUCUGCUUCAGAAGCCAUUGGCUUUGGCCAUUUUUCUCUCAAUGACAAAGUCUUGACUGAUCGCUGGGCUUGCUUUCACAUCUUCUCUUACUUAUAUGCCUUUGAUCUAGGAAAAUGCAAGACAUUCUGUGCUUAGUGACUGUUGUAUCUUUGUGUGACAGCAUCUCCUUAUAUAACGUACUUUUUUCUUAGUGAUAGAGGCCAUUUUUAAAACUAGCCUGUCUCGCUCGUCCGAUACUUGUCCACUCUUGAGUGCUGAGGAGGAGGGUCGUCUUUAAGAUUCAAUCCAGUCGUUGUCACUCAUAAGAGAAGGACAGACUCCCCCUGGCGGCUGCCCUGUGCUGCAGCUCGGCCGUGUCACAGAUGGUAAAGCCCUUUGUGACUCAGACUGUGAAUGGAUGACAUUAACGUUAAAUAUGCAGCAGCUAGUGGCGUCCUUUAAGCAGGAGUUUAUGCACGUAUUUUGUUUGUAAAGUGGCCAUUAUCCUAUUUUGUUACCUGGUGUGAGGCAAGUUAGCAAUUUCCCUUAAAUGCCAGCGAAUAUGCCCAGUAAUCAUCCACGCAACACAGUGUGGACCAAAGUGAGGAUUUAAUGGGAUGGAGGGACCAUAUCGUACAGUGUAAAUACCACAUUACAGAAAUGUCGCUUUCAGAUGUUCAGAUCCAUUUUAAAUAUUUGGGAACACGGAGUUCUGAAAAAUAUUAAACGUUUUGCAUGCCGCGUAAAUAUUAAUCUACCUAGAUUAAUAAACAAAUCGAAAGUUGGAAAGUGUCAUGUGAAGACGAAACGCCGAGUUAUGUGAUACAGUUUACUUAGGAUACGUGGCGUGAUGGUUGGGAUUAAGCGGAUCUGUCCGUGGGUGCAAAUUCCUCUUUAGGGAACGGUGCUUGCAACCAGCAUGUUGUGGGUUUGAGUCGGUGACGGUGAUGGCGGUGGCAGCGGGGGAAUGCGCUGUUUUACCUUUAGUUAACCUGUUGCUUUACUUAAAUAACCAAGCAGCAUACAUGAAUAAAUUGCAUAUAUUUUGAAUGAAAGUGUUCGCUAUGAAGCUAAAUAACAGCCGCUUACUGAACCCAGGUGAUUUUUUUUUUUAAAAGAAUGAUUCCAUUUAGUACCUUAACCGUGGUAUCCCGAGCAUGAUGUGAAACGUGGUAGUUAUUGCCGUAUUCGUCGUUCUGUUUAUUCGUUUAGAUUUCAGUUCGAAAGUGACGUACAAUGAGGGAGACUUAAUCUGAAAGAAUGCAAGGGCUCGUCUUUUGGAGAAAAAGCAACAAAAAUCAUUUAGCAUUUGUACGAGCAAUGAAUUUGAUUGAAGAUCAUUUUAUACGCCCUAGUUUAUCCUUUAACGCGCAAGGAUUUUUAUACAUUAACAAAGAAGAAAAUGACCAUUUUAAAUGAUACCUGUAGUGAUAUUUAAAGAGCUGUAUAUGAAUGUAAACUAUUCCUAAGGAGAUAUAUAUACAUAUAUUCCGCGGGUAUGACGUAGUCUCUUGGUGACGUUGGAAUGCUAUUAUUAUACUCAGGCUCCUGCUCUUUGUAGAAAAACCAUAUGCAGUAAUAGCAGCAUUACACCAGCAGAGGGCGCUGUUUCACUGUAUAACCGGCUCUGCCAUAAAGCUCUUAAGGCAGCACUGAACACAGUCAAUUCAUUGUAUACCAGUGUCCGCCAAACUCUUUCUCCAGCCUGCCGUUUCUUGCGAGUGAGGAUCCAGGAAGUGUGUCACAUGUGCGCGUUUCUCUGUGUAAGACUCUUAUGCAUGGAAGAUCCCCCCUUUUCACCGAUGGUGCUCUUUCAGGUGCCGGGUCGGGGGAGGGGGGGGGGGUGACUGGUCCGUUUCGGACGGGGAGUGGGCGGGGCCAGCGCACGUCACUGUUUUGCGUAUCUCCCACACUUGUCUGUCUCUUAUGCAUCGCCCCUGGUUGAAGGGACAGCCGACAUGGUGACAUGGCCGCUCUGUACAUACAUCCCAGCAUAGAUUUCAUGGCACAUUGCGGACUAAGGUAGCUUGCCUUAGUUCUAAUGAAAUGCGCGUUAAAAAAAAAAAAACAAGGGAUGCAUUUUCCAUCUGUCUGUGCAGCCGACCAACACUUGCCAGCUGGGGAUGCUGUGUUUAGAAUUGUUUACGUGCCAUCACUCACCAGGGACGACGCGCUGGGAAAGGUGUGAAUGGGGUUCUGCAUCUCCAAUAGCUAUCAUGUGACUUCUUUUAAAUGUUAUCACUGGGGUCCUUUGGCCCACUUUAGCUGUUCACUUGAUGCCUGCUCGUAAAGAAGCGACCGUAAGGAAAUAUUUGUAUAUGAGCUGUUUUUUUUUGGAGGCCUACUGGUAAAAUUAUAAUAAACAGGUGUUUUAAAAACAA